AUGACCUGUAGGACCCCCCUGUUGGUUCCAGCCUAUUCUUUUUAUUCUUGCCACAACUUAAGAUGCCAGGACAGGAGCGUGAGGGAAAGUAAAAGUCUAGUACUUUCACAUCCCCAGACAGAGACACAGAAGACUUUGACAGCAUUCCAGCACCUGAGUGGUCCCUGGGCUGGCGUCUGCCCAGUGUCCUCUCCUGACAGGCUGCUCACCAAAAUGAGGGACUUUCUCCAGUACACUGCCUGCUUCUUUGCCCUUUUCUCAGCUGGAUUUUUGAUUGUGGCCACUUGGACAGACUGUUGGAUGGUGAAUGCUGAUGACUCUCUGGAGGUGAGCACAAAGUGCCGCGGCCUCUGGUGGGAGUGCGUCACCAAUGCUUUUGAUGGGAUUCGCACCUGCGAUGAGUACGACUCUAUUCUUGCUGAACACCCCUUGAAGCUGGUGUUAACGCGGGCAUUAAUGAUUACUGCAGACAUUCUAGCCGGAUUUGGAUUCAUCACUCUGCUCCUUGGUCUUGACUGUGUGAAAUUCCUCCCUGAUGAGCCUGACAUCAAAGUCCGCAUCUGCUUUGUAGCUGGAACAACAUUACUAAUAGCAGGAGCUCCAGGGAUCAUUGGCUCUGUGUGGUAUGCUGUUGAUGUUUAUGUGGAACGUUCGUCUCUUGUUUUACACAAUAUAUUUCUUGGCAUCCAAUAUAAAUUCGGUUGGUCCUGCUGGCUUGGAAUGGCUGGAUCUCUGGGAUGUUUUUUGGCCGGAACCAUUCUAACAUGCUGCUUAUACAUCUUCAAAGAUAUUGGACCUGAGAGGAGUUACCCUUACUCCAUGAGGAAGGCUUAUUCAACUGCAAAUGUUUCCAUGGCCAAGUCAUACAUAGCCCCUCGGUCAGAGACUGCCAAAAUGUACGCAGUGGACACAAGGGUGUAA